GGACAGAAGAUUGGAUCCGUCUCUCUCUCUGUGACCUCGAUCCCUGUUGUUUGAACUUCAGGGUGGAGACUGAAGACUCACACUGGACUGGAAAAUCAGGUUUAUUGUUUUCUGUGUUCCUGACUCAACAUGGCCGCUCGGCGUCGUGGCCUCGUCUGGCUGCUCGUUGCUUUAUUAAGUGUCGGAGUUUGGACUCAGCGAACGGCGAAGGCUGAAGAGCAGGACCACGCCGAGGCAGAGGAGCUGGAGGAGUCAACCACGCUGGAUGAACAGCGAGGAGAAAAUAAUGAGGUAGGUGAAGAUGUGGCUGAUGAAGGAGGGCCGAGUGACUUAGAGGAAGAGGUGGAGGAAGAGGAAAAUGCAGAGGAAGAGGAGGAUAAAGCUGGGGAUGAAGCCCCAGAGAAGGAUGAAGCUGAGGAAGAAGAGGACAACAUAGCUGAUGAAGAAACCAAUGAAGAGGAAGAGGCUGAUGAAGGAGAAUUCGAUGAUGGAGCUGAGGAGGAAGGAGCUACAGAGGAGGAUGAGACAGAAGAAAAUGAAGCAGAAGAAACAGCAGCUUCCCUUGAUGAUGAUGAUGAUGAUGAAGAUGAUGAUGACAGCAAGGAGGCUACAAAUGAAGAAACAGCAGAAGAUAGAGACGAACAUCCUGAGGUGGAAGAGGCUGAUGAAGAAGGUGAUGAAGCCUCUGAUGAUGAUGAUGAUGAUGAUGAUGGAGAGGUGAUGGAAGAGGGAGGAGAGGAACCUGAGGAAGAAGUUAAACGUAUUCAUGUCACAGAACACGCCGCAGCUAAAGAUGACGCAGGACCAGCAGAGGUGGAGACCCCAGCGACCGCGGCCUAUCAGAGCGGCUCAGUGUGCCGUCUGUGCUUCAUCUGUCAGCACUGCGGUAGGUGUGAUGAAUGUCCAUGUGAGGCAGGAGAUUCAUCUGAUCACUGCCAGCACUGUGGAUCGUGUUCGUACUGCAGCGUCUGUCCUGUGAUCUGUGAACCGUUCUGUCAACCAGGUGGAUUGGUGGAUCUGGUGUCUGGGACGCUCUAUCAGACCGUCUCUUCUUACCUGUGAGGACGGUUUGGAUCGUCUCCGUUACACCGCGGUUCACAGCGACGUUCCAGCUCAGCGUCUCGGUUCAUCUUCUAAACCUGUGAUGCUACAAACAUCUUCACAGACCUGAAGAUGUGACCUUUGACCUAUGAUGACCUCUAAUGACCUUUAAUUUAAUCUGUUUAGCUGAAGAAUCAGGGAGCUUUUAGCACAUGAGAGACACAGCAGGGUGUAGAAAUAAUUCUAUACAUUUUUAUUUUAUAGAAUUGUGUUGAGUAAACAACUGAUCUGUAACGUUCAAGGAAUCAAAUAUAAUAAAAUAUUUAAAAUAUCACAUUUAAAACAUUUUAAACAUUUGAA